AUGCCCGGCAAAACCCCCGAAAGCAACGGCAACGACCCGGUCGAGAACGGGGUUCGGAAGAAGGCCGAUGUCGAGAUGACGGACGCCAAGGGCAAAGGCAAAAAGGCUGCCAGGGAUGGCGAUGAGGAGAUGACGGUGGUCGUGCCUCUAUCAAAGUCGUCGAAGCAGCCUCAAGACGCCGACGGCGAUGUCUCGAUGGACGAUGACGGUGCCGCCGACGACGACGAGGUCAAGGUUGAUCCGGCAACGCAAACAGCAUCGGACAUCAAGAGCAAUUUUGCCUUGCUAGAUCGCGCCGUUGCCCUGUUCGACGCCCGAUUUUCGCUGCGAGCCCUGCGAUCCAUCUCCCUCAUCCGCAAGCGUUUGACGCCGCAGAUCAUCGGCCAGGUCAUCGUCGAAACCUUUCCGGCGACGGUCGCAUCCGGGAACGUGGCCAAGAAGCUCCUCGUCGCCGUCGGCUGCGAGGGCAUGCCGCUGGGCCGUCAGCCCGGCCCUGAGAUGGAGGUCGACGGCGACAAGCCGGCCGGGAAGAACGGGGCGAAGAAGGAGAGCAAAGACGUCAUGCCGGAGAUUGACGUGUUCCUCGGCAUCCUCGUCCAGGUCUACCUGUUCGACAGCAUGAUGUACCAGAAGGGCGCCGAGUUCUCCCAAUACCUCGCCGGCCGUGUCCAGUCGCUCAAUCGGCGCACCCUCGACUCGCUCUCCGCCAAGGUGUACUUUUACUACUCCCUCUUCUGCGAGCACAUGGCGACGCUGCCGCCAUCGCCCGAGUCUCCGAUGGUGGCCAUAAGACCGACGCUGCUCGCGGCCCUCCGAACGGCCGUCCUGCGCAAGGACAUCGACACACAGGCCUCGGUCAUCGUCCUGCUGCUGCGAAGCUACCUCCUGACGUCUCACAUCAACCAGGCCGACCUGCUGGUGUCGCACACGCAGUUCCCCGAGAACGCGGCGAACAACCAGGUUGCCCGAUUCCUCUACUACCUCGGCCGCAUCAGAGCCAUCCAGCUGCGCUACACGGAGGCGCACGAGCAUCUCACGGCGGCGACGCGCAAGGCGCCCUCGAGCAGCUGCGCCGUCGGCUUCUCCCAGACGGCGACCAAGCUGCUCAUGGUCGUCGAGCUCCUGAUGGGCGACAUCCCCGACAGGGCGACGUUCCGCCUCCCCUCGCUCGAGGAUGCGCUGCACCCGUACUUCUUGCUCGUGCAGGCGGUCCGCGUCGGCAACCUCGAGGACUUUGAGGUCGCCAUCGCCGACCACGCCGACGCCUUCCGACGCGACGGCACCUACUCGCUCAUCCUGCGCCUGCGGCAAAACGUCAUCAAGACGGGCAUCCGCAUGAUGUCCCUGUCCUACUCUCGAAUUUCCCUGCGCGACAUCUGUAUCCGCCUGCACCUCGGUAGCGAGGAGUCUGCAGAGUACAUCGUCGCCAAGGCUAUCCGGGAUGGCGUCAUCGAGGCCACGCUCGACAGGGAGCACGGAUUCAUGAAGAGCAAGGAGGUCGGCGACGUCUACGCCACGAGAGAACCGGGCGAGGCUUUCCACGACCGCAUCCGAGCGUGCCUCGCGCUGCACGACGAAAGCGUCAAGGCUAUGCGCUUCCCGAUGAAUCAGCAUCGCCUCGAGCUGAAGAAUGCUCAGGAGGCCCGCGAACGCGAACGGGAGAUGGCCAAGGAGAUACAAGAAGGCGACCUAGAUGAAGACGACCUCGGCGGCGAGUUUGAGGGCAUGUAA